AGCCAUGUCGCUCUGCGCGCCUAUCAGUCCCGGAGUUCCACGCUGAGCAUGCGCGUAAAGGCGGAAGCCGCAGGGCCGCGGGGAAGACGGUUCGGGAGGAUGCUGGGAGCGUGCGGCAUGCAGCGAUACCACCAGGAAGCUCUAAAGAAGAACCGGGUGAUGCUGGCGAGAGAGCUGGUUUUGAAAGAGUUGAUGGAACACCUGAUAGAGAAGGACAUCAUCACCACUGAGAUGGUGGAAAUGAUACAGGCCAAGUCCGGAAGCUUCAGCCAAAAUGUGGAAUUCCUUAAUUUGUUGCCCAAGAGAGGCCCUGCUGCCUUUUCAGCCUUCUGUGAAGCUCUACAAGAAACCAAACAGCAGCACCUGGCAGAAACAAUCUUGAAGACAGAAUCCAGCUUGAGACAUGGAAUUGCAAGGCGUUAUGGAUCAGAUCUUCCACUUCCUCUGAGUGAAUCAUGUAAUUCAAAGAGACCACGCUUGAUUGUGGAACAUUCUUUGGACAGUGGAGAUGGUCCUUCGAUUCCUCCAGUGAAGCACUGCACUCCAGAAUUCUAUCAUGAUCACCAGCACUUAGCAUACAAACUGAUAUCAGAGCCCCGAGGCUUAGCACUUAUUCUCAGCAAUAUCCAUUUCAGCAGUGAAAAGGACUUGGAAUAUCGUUCAGGUGGAGAUGUGGACUGUGCUUCCCUAGAGCUGCUUUUCAAGCAUCUUGGAUAUCAAGUGACUGUCUUUCAUGACCAAAGUGCAAAGGAAAUGGAGAGUGCAUUGGAGAGAUUUUCUAAGCUGCCAGACCAUCAGGAUGUGGAUUCCUGUAUUGUAGCUUUACUUUCCCACGGUGUAGAGGGUGGGGUUUAUGGCACUGAUGGCAAACUCCUACAGUUGCAGGAGGCUUUCAGGCUCUUUGAUAAUGCAAACUGCCCCAAUCUCCAGAAUAAGCCCAAAAUGUUCUUUAUUCAGGCCUGCCGGGGAGACGAGACAGACCGGGGGGUGGAUCAAAGAGAUGGAAAAGAAAGGUCAGAUUCCCCAGGCUGUGAGGAGAGUGAUGCAAACAAGGAAGAAAAUCUCAAGCUGCGUCUGCCUACGUGCUCCGAUAUGAUCUGUGGAUAUGCGUGUUUGAAAGGCACUGCAGCCAUGCGUAACACCAAGCGUGGAUCCUGGUAUAUCGAGGCACUCACCACUGUGUUUGCAGAGGACUCCCGAGACACUCAUGUGGCUGACAUGUUGGUGAAGGUGAAUAGACAAAUCAAGCAACGAGAAGGUUAUGCCCCAGGCACAGAAUUCCACCGCUGCAAGGAAAUGUCAGAAUACUGUAGUACACUCUGUCGGGACCUGUACCUAUUUCCUGGUUAUGUGCCAGGAAAAUAACUCUACCAGCUCCACUGGAAGAGAGAUACUGCCAAAGCUGAACUGA